UGUCCAUACUCUCGCUAUACAGGUACUCUAUCUGCAUCUGCUUCUGCUUCACCUCCUUCAUCAAGGUUUGUCCAGUUGAACGUAAUGCAGUGCUAGCGGAGUUUUUACAUCUUUACUUAAAUUCUGCUUCGUAGUACCCAGCCUCGGAGAUGUCUGUUGCCUACGGAAGAGCAUUCGGUCGGGCCCCCAAAUUUUCCCACUCCCUGAGGAAGUGGGCGUGGUCUAUCUCUGGUUUCAAAGAAUAUGGUCUAUACCAUGAUGAUGCUUUGCACGUCGAUCCGAUUGUCGAAAAAGCCCUCACUCGCAUUCCAGAGGAUGUUCGCAAUGCUCGGAAUCACAGAAUUAUCCGUGCCACACAGCUCUCUUUGAUGCAAAGGAUUCUUCCUAAAGAGGAGUGGACCACCUUCGAAGAUGAUCAGAAGAACAGGUAUCUGUGGAAAGCUAUCCAUGAUGUAGUCAAGGAGAUCGAUGAAGAGAACCACUGGGAUAAGAAAUAUUAAAUGUUAGGAACUGUAUUUAGUUGUUGUUAACCUCUUUAGGCGUUACUGAACAUUUUUUUUGUGAGUUUACAGGAGUUUAAAUUUUCAGGUUUCAAUGGAGAUUAGCUGUUUGCAACCUUCUGAACCACCAUUAAUUACUUUAGUUCAAUGGUCACUCGAGUUGGCAAUGAGAAAGAUUCUCAACCUUGUUUUACUUCCUUGAAAUUAAAAUAAUGUUCUCAAAGCA